GUCAGUCACGACCCAUGUCGGAUGUAAAAAAAAACAAUUUCCAGGAAGUAGGUCGGCGUCUGUUGCGACGUGUUGCUUAAAGUACUAUCAUGCGCCAGCGACGGUGAAAUAAAUGGCGAAAUCAGGAAGAGCAGGAACAACACCAAGUCGCACAGGUUUUGAUACGCUUCAUCGUAGAUUAAAAAUACUGCCUAAAAAUUGUGUAGACCACGUACUUAAUGUUCUGGAAUAGAGACCACGUCGUAAGAAAUAAAUGCCAGUCGUGGAUGAUUUUCUUGUGUGGCCAUAAAUGAACUGUAUAGCUAGGGACUCACGUAGUCGCUUCCUUCUUCAUUUUCAAAAAACCCUUCACAGGAUGUGCUUACACAUUUAUGUUCAGUUCGCUAUGCUACAGUGCUUAU